UCACGGUGACUAAGAUGGAGUCGGUGGAGGCCGCGGAGCGGGGCCUGUGGGGCGUCGGGCCCGCGCACGGACGCUUCUGCCGCCUCCCGCCGGGGCCGGGGCCGGUCCCGGUCCCGGGCCUCCUUCUCCCCCUCUCCCGGACCCAGAGCCCCAUGGUGACCGGAACCUCCGUCCUGGGCUUGAAGUUCGACGGGGGCGUGAUGAUCGCGGCCGACAUGCUGGGCUCCUACGGCUCCCUCGCCCGCUUCCGCAACAUCUCCCGCCUCAUGCGCGUCAACGAGACCACCGUGCUGGGCGCCUCGGGCGACUACGCCGACUUCCAGUACCUCAAGCAGGUCAUCGACCAGAUGGUGAUCGACGAGGAGCUGCUGGGCGACGGGCACAGCUACAGCCCCAAGGCGCUGCACUCGUGGCUGACGCGAGCCAUGUACAGCCGCCGCUCCAAGAUGAACCCCCUCUGGAACACCGUGGUCAUCGGCGGCUUCGCCGACGGGCAGAGUUUCCUCGGUUACGUGGACAUGCUGGGCGUGGCGUACGAGGCCCCCUCGCUGGCCACGGGCUACGGGGCCUACCUAGCCCAGCCCCUGCUGCGCGAGGCGCUGGAGAAGCAGCCGGUGCUGAGCCGGGCGGAGGCGCGGGAGCUGCUGGAGCGCUGCAUGCGCGUGCUGUACUACCGCGAUGCCCGCUCCUACAACCGGUUUGAAAUCGCCACGGUGACAGAGAAAGGGGUGGAAGUGGAAGGGCCGCUGUCCUCUGAGACCAACUGGGACAUCGCCCACCUCAUCAGCGGCUUUGAGUGAAACGCGCCCCCCCGGCUUCCCCUCCGCCCCCCUCAACCUCCCCAAACCGGCUCCGCGGCCUUGCCCGUUUUUGUUUUCCUUUUGUAAGUCGAUCUCUGGGAAAUAAACCAUUCCAGCCGCC